GUGCAAUAACCACGCUGUCUAAUCAGCAUCUUGAUAUGCCACACCUGUGAGGUGGAUGGAUUAUCUCAGCAAAGGAGAAGUGCUCACUAACGGAUUUAGACAGAUCUGUGAACAAUAUUUGAGAGAAAUAGGUCUUUUAUGUACACAGAAAACAGUCUUAGAUCUUUGAGUUGAGCUCAAGAAAAAUGGGGGCAAAAACAAGUUUUGCGUUUAUAAUUUUGUUCAGUAUAUGAAGCUAGGUGGAGAUUCUACCAAAAUCACAACACAGCAGCAAGUUUCAAAAAUAAAAAAAAUAACAGAGCAGCAGAUGUUUUAACAGCAGAAAUGUCGGAAGAAAACACUAUUUGUGUUGGUGAACAGACUGAGAGCAUACCGACAGCUUCACAGGAAAACACCGAAGGACAUGAUGGUGAACACUCUGAGAUACAGCAGCAGGCUGAGGAGGGAUCAAACAAGCAGCUCUCUGCAGACACCUACUACAAGUAUGAAGAUAUUCACUCCAGACCCUACAUCACACCCGACUCUGAAAUCCCAGAGAACCUCCUGUUCCUCUCUCACUCCUUUGGCUACGACAGUAGGCGCAGGGGGAACCUGCAGCUGCUGGAUGACACAACUCUGAUCUUUAUAGCAGGUAACCUGCUCGUCCUGCUGGACAUUUCCACCAAGGAGCAGAGAUACCUCCGCUCCUGCAGUGGAGGAGGAAUUGGCUCCAUCACGACACACCCUAGCAAGACGUACUUUGUUGUAGCAGAGAAGGGAAUCCAGCCCAACAUCAUAGUAUAUGAAUAUCCCUCGUUACAACCGUUCAGUGUCCUCAGAGGCGGUACGGAGCGGGCGUACAGCUUUGUGGAUUUUAACCGCGAUGGGAUCCUGCUGGCCAGCGUGGGGAGCGCCCCCGACUACAUGCUGACUCUGUGGAAUUGGAGGAAGGAGGAAGUGAUGCUGAGCUGCAAGGCCGUUUCUCAGGAGGUCUACAGAGUCAGCUUCUCCCCGUACAACCCUGGACAGCUCACAUCAUCAGGAUCUGGACACAUCAAGUUCUGGAAAAUGGCCAGCACAUUCACAGGCCUUAAAUUGCAAGGGCUGAUGGGACAUUUUGGGAAAACUGCAGCGACUGAUGUUGAGGGCUAUGUGGAACUUCCUGAUGGAAAGGUGGUGUCCGGCACAGACUGGGGCAACUUGCUGCUGUGGGACGGGAAUGCCAUCAAGGUGGAGAUUUGCCGUAAGGGGGGGCGAAACUGCCACGCUGGGAUGGUCCAGCCGUUUGCCCUGGAGGAUGGACAGCUGAUGACGAUUGGCGCUGAUGGUGCGGUCCGGGGCUGGGACUUUGAGAGCAUCGACAGCGCCGACAGUAACAGCGAUGGCAGCAGGUUUGAGCUGGAGCCCAUGAAUGAGAUGGUGGUCGGACACAACGUCUGCCUCUCGUCUCUGGUGAAGAGAUCGCUGCCCGAGUCCUGCAUCUGGUUUGCUCAGGAUUCCAACGGAGCCAUCUGGAAACUGGAUCUCUCAUUCACCUACACGACUCCUGACCCAGAGUGCCUGUUUACCUUCCAUGCCGGGCCGAUCCAGGCCAUGGACGCGUCCAGGAAAUCUCACCUGAUGGCCACGGCCGCUCUAGACCGUUCAGUCAGAGUUUUUGACUUCCUGGCAAAAAAAGAGCUGACCACCACUCGCUUCAAUCAGGGUGGAACUGCUCUCGGCUGGGCUCCACCUGUGGUGAACCAGAGUGGUAGUUUACUGGUGACGGGCUUCGAGGAUGGGGUGGUCCGGUUGCUGGAGCUGUACGACCCUCAGAGGCUGCACAUGGUCAGCGGGCGCAGCCCCAAAGGAGACGCCAUGCUACGCCUCAAUCAGGCCUUCAAACCCCAUAAUGCCCCUGUAACUGCUGUUGCGUAUGAGCGAAAUGGAGAGAUCUUAGCCACGGGGAGCUCCGACAGCACUGUGUUCUUCUUCACCAUCGGGGAAAAAUACAACCCCAUCGGCUUCGUCAGGGUUCCCGGGCCGGUGCAGGCGCUGGAGUGGUCACCUCAUUCCCACAGUGAAAACAGGCUGCUCAUCCUGUGUCAGAGCGGUCACGUCGUCGAAGUGCAGAGCCCUGAUCCAGAGGCCGAGAGGCCGUGCAAUACCUUCCAGCUGCCGGACCUGUCCAGCAGAUCUUUCAGGUUCAGGAGCAUCAAAUCACGAAUCAAGAGAGAGGCGGAAAUCGCAAGACGUCAAGCCGCAAAGGAGAAAAAGAAGAAAGAAAGAGAAGAGAGAUUGAAACAAUCAAAGAAUCCAGACAUAGAGCCAGAGGAAGAAGAAGAGGAGGAAGAGGAAGAGUUGCCCUCUAUCUACAUCCCCGAGUCUCCCAGUCCUCUCUACUGUGGCUUCUACUCACAGCCUGGCCAGUUCUGGCUCUCCAUGGGUGGCUAUGACUCAGGUUUCCUGUACCACUGUAAGUUCUCUGAGAAGCAGGACCAGGAUCCGGACCAGCGGCAGGAUGAGCCCUUUGACUUCCUGCCCGUCCACAGCACAGACAACGACCCCAUUCGCUCCGUCACCUUCAGCUCCAACAGGCAGCUGCUGCUCUGCGGCAUGCACUCCGGCUCCAUCAGGGUUUUCCCUCUGCAGCCCGCUGACCACAGCCUCACCUCCAUGCAGGCCUACUGGGCUCUCAGUGUCCACGACAACAAGUACGGACCCCUGCGGCACAUCCGCUGUAGCCAUGACGACCUUUUUGUGCUGACGGUGGGAGAUGACGGGAACAUCUUCUCCUUCAGCCUGCUUCCUCCAGAGGAGCUGCAGAAAGGCCUGCAGAGGUCGAGGGCCAGGGUUCCUUCACCCAGGGUGGGUCUUGAGAAUGAGGCGUUGGCCCAGGACAUUGAGGACCCAGCAGCCUACAGCAUUGAGACGGCUAAGCAGAAGCUGGAAAAGGACCGUGUGCGUCGAGAGGCCGAGCUGAAGAUUGUGGCGAAGCAGAAGAAGCUGGCUGAGCUCCAAAAGCAGUUUAAACAGCUGCUGACCGUCAACCAGAGUCUGCCGGAGCAAGUUCGCCUGAAACCUGUGGAGCUGCAGCUUGAUCAGCGUUUCAGGGAGCAGGCCGAGAGGGUGAAGGCCCAGCGGGUGAGGGAGGUCAGAAAGCAGAUGGCCUGGGAGGAGGAGCGCAGCAGCAUAGCACUCCGCAAACUACAGGACUGGUUCAAGGACUCUCUGGAGGCCAACGUGGUCACUGUGGUCGCUAUCCGCAGCGACCACAGAGUCUCCACCUACCGUCUGCCGGCUCUCGCCAGGCCUUCAACCGGUCUCAGACAUCACAGACCCGGCUUGCCUGACGAAGACGAAGCUGCUGCACCAGAACGCAGAAAAUCCAGAGCCGAGCCUGCAAAAGACAGCAGCGUAUUAGAAGAAGAGGAGGUGCUGCGCCCCCCGCCGGCUCGUCCAGCGGGGAUAAAGCUGGCGGAUAGGCAGGUCGAGAGGCUCCGAAAGGCUGCAGAGAAAGCUGAACAAGCUCGAGCCAAGAUAGAGAAGAGAAGGAAGGAAUGGGCCCAACUUUACGCAGAGAAGCCAGACGAGAACUGUGAGGAUCCGCAGGAUGUGCAGGCCAUCCGCGAAGCCAAAGAGAACAUUGGAGACUUAAAACUAAAGUCAGCCAAAGACUUCACGGUGCCGAAACACCUGAGGGUGAACGCUGAGAGGAAGAGAGCGCAGCUGAUAGGCCUGGAGGAAAAUAUGCGUGAGAAGCAGACUGAGAUGAAUAGACGGAUCGUAACCUUGCGGGACUCCAAGGUUCGCCUGGUGUCUCAGUUGUGCGCUCAGGCUCAGCAGGUCCAGAAGGUCCAGCAGCGCCUGGCGGCCAUCCAUCACCGCCCUCCACCCACCCUGCCCACCAUACUACCAGAGGAAACCCCAGAGAAGAGGCUGCAGUACAGCCACGCUACCCUGGAGCGAUAUCGGCAUCUGAGGGAACAAAGGCUCAAGAACAUGGAGCAAGAGGAGCAGGAGGGAGCCAUGAGUUUAUUGGAGCAGCUGGAGAAAGAGAUGGAAGGAGAGGACGGGAAAGAGGAAGAAGAAGAGGAGAGAGGAGAGGAAGGGACUCCAGGUCUGUCACCUUCAUAUUUAACCAGAGAAGAAAAAGAAAAGGAAGAAGCAAAGCUGAGCAAGCUGGAGAAGGAGCUCCGGAUGGAGGAGGAGAUCAGACUGCUGCGCGAGCAGGACUCUCUGCUGGAGCAGAUGGAGAGUUGGGUGUGUCAGUUUGACGCCGAGCUGCUGCUGCUGCGUCACCAGAAGCUGCGUCUGGACUGGCAGCUGAAGAUGGCCGACCUCCACCAGAUGACGCUCUACCAGGAGCUGCUGCUCCUCAAGGAGUUCGAGAGGAGGGAGGACAAGCUGCAGGAGAAUCUCAGCGCACGCAUCAAGGAGGAGAAAAGCAUCAUGUCUAAGCUGGAGGAGUAUAAUGAACAACUGGGACUGAGGCGGGGAGACAUCGCCAAGCUGCAGGAGAGAGAGAAGGCUCUGAUCGCCGCCUUCCACGCUUCGCUGGGCGAAGAAAACAAGUUUGAAGACUUUCUGACCAAAGUCUUCAAGAAGAAGGUCAAACGUGUUAAGAAGAAGGAGCAGAAGGAAGGUGGCGAAGAAGAGGAGAACAGCGACGAUGACUCUGAUGACGACGAUGAGUGGGAUGAUGAUGAUGACUAUGACAGCACAGAGGAGGGAGGAGCUGCUCUGGACAACAAUGUUUGCCCUCCAGGCUGUGAGCCAGAGUUGUUUGAGAACACAGUGCAGCUGCGUGAGCGUCGGCUGGACCUGGAGGAACUGCUAGCGGAGGAGAGGAAGAGUGCUGAAGCGCUGAAGAAAGAGUGUGACACCCUCGUCAAGAAGGAGAAGUUGGUGAAGAGCAGUCGGAAGGCAGCAGAGGACGACUUGGAGUUGGUGAACAGGGAGAAACAGCAGAAAAUGAAUGAGCUGGAUGUGGUGGUUCCUAUUAGACUGCAUCAGAUUGAGUUCAUCGCUAACGGCUCGGUGCCGUGUGACCUGAGCCCGGCGUUGGUGCUGGACAUGAAGGAGCUGAACAGGCUGCGGGAGCGCAUCAGGCAGCUGCAGGCGGAGAAGAGCCAUCAGAGAGAUCUGUACAUUCAGGCCCGCCAGCAGCACGUCAGGCUCAUCCACGACCGCAAGGACAUGGUCACCCAAAUCCAGGUGCUGGAGAAGGUGUGCAACGAGCAGAUGAGGAUGAAGUUCGGGAGGCCGGUGGAUCUGGAGGCUCUGCAGACGCUGUCAGGGAACAGGACCAUGGAGGAGCUCAAGCAGGAAAAACUUGUCCGCGAAGGUAGAAGAGGCGCGCCAGGCUCUGAUUUUCCGACCAGAAAAAAGGAACUGGAGCAGAAGCUCAACUCUAGGCAAAAGAAAAUGGGCAAACAGUUCCAGGAUUACAGGAGACGUGCGGACCAGGAGGAGAUCCGGAGGCUCCAGGGGCUGGUGAAAAUACAAGCACAGCAGGCUGAGGCCCUCAGGAGAGAGAUUGGCCUCCUGUCCCGUAAAGGAGUCCACGUGCUGCCCCCCAGCCAGGCCCCAAAGCCCCUGCUCGCCCCCAUGCCCACCCACACAUGUCACACCCACACUAGGAGACAAGGACCACGGCGUCCGUCCAAACCGCUUAAAGCACACAACUCAGCCAGCAAACAGGGAGCUAAUUAACAAACACAUACAGUCACUGUAAAGUGUGCUCACUAAUAGCACUUAGUCAUGAAUUAUUAGAUACAAAAAUACUUCAGUUUGGUGACUACUGUGUUCAUUCAUAAUUAAAAGUCUUAAAUGAUGA